AUGGAGCCGGCACCGGGGGAGGGUCACGGACACGGACACGGCCUGGGGGUGGGGGUGAGCGGGGAGGAGGAGGGGCCCACUCCCGGGAUCGGGAGCAGUAAUCCCUCGGCCAGCACGGCCCCGGGACCCGGGGAGAAGAGCGUGGGGGACAGCGCAGACCGUGAUGUGGAGGAGGAGCAGCAUCGGGCCCCAGUGAAACGGAAAAUCUCCCUGACAGGGUGUGAAACAUGUGGUGGUGCAGAAGCAAAAUACAAAUGUCCUCGCUGUCUGAUCUAUUCUUGCAGCUUACCCUGUGUGAAGAAGCACAAAGCUGUGGAUGGGUGUAACGGAGUCCGGGAUAAAACAGCCUUUACGCCCCUCAGUCAUUUUAAUGAGAUGCACCUCCUCAGCGAUUAUAGGUUUCUGGAGGACGUUGGAAGGUUGGCAGACAUCGCAAAUCGUGACCACACUGUUCACCGGCCAACAACCAGCAAAUCUCUAAAUGUUAUGAAAAACAGAGCUCGGAAACAUAACAUCGACCUGAAAAUUUUGCCCAUUGGGUUUACAAAAAGAAGAGAGAAUUCAACGUAUUUCAAUAAGAAAGAGCAGAUGUUUUAUUGGCAUGUGAAGCUGCUUUUUCCUCAGAGUCGCACGGAAUACACAGAGAGAAGGGUGCCAAGCAGCAAGACUUUGCAAGAGUUACUGAAAAAAUAUGUUGACCCAGUGGAGGCUGACCCAGUUAUUCGACAGAAGCUGAAGAUUUAUACAGUGGUUUCUCUCAGUGAAUUAAGAAUCUUCAUGAAGGUCGAAAAUCAGAAACACAACUCGAUCAGGUAUUACGAGCUGUAUUCAGCUCAAAGUCUCACAGAAAACCUGAGCCACAAAACGAUUAUUGAAUACCCUGUAUUACACAUAGUUUUGAAAAUGAACUCUCCAGAUUAUAAGUUACUCAGUGAUGAAAACUCAAAUGAAGAUGCUCAGACCAGUACAGACUCCUCCUCAGAGAGUUCACUGGAGGAAGGAGAGAUCAAAGACAGUUCCGAAACCCGUCUCACCGUGUAUCCACAUUGCCAAUAGCAAAGACCUCCCUGUUUAAUUAAGACUGUUGGGGUGGGAUCAGUCUCUGUAUUCGUUGGAUGUUACGCAUUGAUGCCAGGGUUGUAUUUUAAUUAAUUUCUUACAUUAAAUUUGUUAACCAAGAA